CCAGGGAAGGUGAGAUUUCACCUCAGGACCAAUGGAUGGUCUAAAAUAUACAAACUCCGCCACCCGGGGCACCGGACCAUGCAAAACGAACUCGCCCAUUGUCACUUAAUGUAACAUGUUUGCUAGACUUGUGCUAUCGAAUAAAGAUCGGAGUCCAGCCUUCACACACCAACCAAUGAGCAGCCAUUGAACAUGACCGGAAAUGUAGCAAUUUUCUCGCCGCAAAGAAUUUUGGGAUAUCACCGGAAGCAGUAGCUAGGUUUUCAAAGUGUCCUUGUGCACUCACCUCGAAAUAAACACAUUUGCCAAAAUGUACAAGCAACUUAUGGGUCUUCAGCAGCUGUCCAGGCGGACUAUCUCCAGUAGUGCCCGCAGACAGGUGGACAACAUGGUCAAAGAGAAGCAGAAGCUGUUCCAGGCAGAUAACGGGAUUCCAGUCCAUCUGAAGGGAGGAGCCAAGGAUGCUAUUCUGUACAGGCUAACAAUGGCCCUUACAGUCUUUGGAAGUGGAUUUGUCGUGUAUGAACUCCUCAAUGCAGCAAUGCCCAAAAAGGCAUGAGUGCCCUUGUCCAUGUCCAUCCCUACAUUAAUGUUCUCUGUUGUGCAGAUGUAUGAUCUGGGAGAUUAUUUGUCCUGUCAAUAAUGCCAAUAUGUUUCAUGCCUGGGAUCAAUAUUUAUUGAUUGUACAAUUAAUGUACCAUAGAAAAUAAAACGACUACAAUACAAAGUCA